UAGAAACAUGCGUUCUGUUCGGCUGUGGUGUUGUUGUAGGAAGCUCAUUUUCUUCGUAGGCUAAAUCAGCCCUUUUAUGCAGUCAAACAUAAACACGGUGGAUUUGUUUGUUUGCUUUCAAAUGGACGGUGUGCCUUGCCUUCGUGUGUCGGAGUGUCAUGUCCAGCAGUUCAGGAGAUGUUUACAGACCAAAGCAGCUCUUGAUUCAAAGAAAAAGACAGAAAGAACAAGUGGUAAUAAACUCGAGAUAAUCCUUCGAGAGCUGAUUGAAUCUCAUGGAGAAAGAUGGACGGAGGAGCUGAGGGCGGAUCUCCCUCACAGCUUCCAGAGGCAUGGAGACCUCCUCCUGCUGAAAGACAACUGUUUCUCCCUUCCACUAUGGAAGAAUAUGGAUCAACAUCUGUGGAGUUCAGUGGCUGAAGGACUGGGAGCAAAGCGGCUGGCAAAAAUGAGUCGAAUAUCCAGCGAUGGAUUUCGCUCUCCAGUGGUGACGAUGCUGUUAGGAGAGCACAGCUGGGUGAAACAUGUGGACAAUGGGAUCAGGUAUGAGUUUGACAUCACACGAUGCAUGUUCUCAGCUGGAAACAUAACAGAGAAGCUCCGGGUGGCCGGGUUCGACUGCAGAGGGGAGACUGUUGUUGAUUUAUAUGCAGGUAUUGGAUACUUCACUCUUCCAUAUCUGGUCCACGCGGGGGCCAGUCAUGUCCACGCCUGUGAGUGGAACCCUGACGCAGUCGAAGCUUUACAAAGAAACCUGGAGGCAAACGACGUGUCUGACCGCUGCACCGUUCACCAAGGAGACAACCGACAGCUCCAGUUGAGUGAAAUUGCUGACAGAGUAAACCUGGGUCUCAUACCGAGCUCUGAGGAUGGAUGGCCCGUUGCCUGUCGACUGCUGAAGAGAACAACUGGGGGCAUUUUGCACAUUCACCAGAACGUUACCUCAGCGUUACUGCACGCAGCAAUCAAUGAUGCUUCUGGGAAGAAAGCUGACAGAGAGGCGUGGCAGGCCUGGGCGGAUGACACAGCAAAACACAUCACUUUUCUUUUAAAGGACAUCACUGGAGCACAGUGGACAACAAUCAUCCAGCACAUAGAACAUGUGAAGUCAUAUGCACCUCAUGUUCACCAUAUUGUGCUGGACUUGGAGUGCAGACCGUCCUGAGCUAAGGGGAUGAACACAGAUACUGAAUGGACACUACUGUAUUAAUCGUUACACAAACACUACACUAACUCCAAUCUAUACCCUAAGCCCCUGAACCCUCACACAUUUAAUUGACGUAACCUGGUAAGUGCUUGAGUACUAGAGGCUGCAAAGCUUGAAAUGGUAUAAACAGAAAUGGGAACAAUUUGCUGCAACAUAUCAGGUUACCAUAAUGCCACCAAAACAUGUAAAAUAGCCCUACAUUUGUGGAUUUGAGACUUUUUAUAUUACAUUUUUUACUUUAUUUAUGACAAAGGCACAAAUUUUAAUGUAUUAUAAGCUCUUGCCUUACAGAGGGGACAAAGGUAAUUGUGAAACAAAUGAUGUACUUGUUUUUCUUAAAACAGCAUUAUUAGGGAAAAAGAAGAAAUGGUUGAAGAAUAAACUGGUGAUUCUUGUUCUUAAAUUC